UCAUAUCAAAGAAAAUUUUACUCAUUUGCGUAAUUAAUGUUUGAUUAGGAACAAAUAAGGGUUGAGAAAUUAAAUGUUAACUCCCUUGUCAUUCUUUACUAUUUGUUCAUUCAGUUUUGGUUAAAAAAACUCUGUGAUUGUCUCUCCAUAUCAAAGCAAAGAUGUUAUUUACUGACCAUAGCCAAGUUAAAAAUCAAAUGCAUCAAAAUAGAUGGUAGAGUUUAAAUAUGAAACAGCCAAUAAAAGAGAUAGCAGAGUACGUUUUCCUUCUAGCUUCAGUAGGAAGAGACCACAUUUAGCCUUGAUGGACCACUAUACAAACACCCCCUGAACAUGAAACAUUGUUCUUUAAUGUGCUCUUUGUUUAAAGAAUUACCCUUUAAACUUGAUUGUACAUUGCUGCUUUCAUAAAGUAAUAAAUAAUUUCUUUAAUGACAUCAAAGCCUGUCCACACAGUGAAGAGACCAUCUGGUUUUUGGACUGCUCUAUGGAGAAAGCUAGAACUGCUCUUUACUUUGGAAGGCUGCACUCAUUCUCUUAAUGUACAUCUUUCCCUUUUCCUUUUUCUUUUACCUUUAUCUUUCUUAGCAUUCUCCUGAUUGUAUUUGUUUUCUAAUCCUAUUUUAGAGCCGAGUGUCCCAUCUUUGUCAAUAGACAGUGGAAUGCAGUAAACUGAGAGAGGGCAGUGCAACUGUUGAAGGAGAGAACAGGCAGUAGGGAACUUUCUUAUUCUACUCCUCUUAAGCCUAUGGCAGCAACACCAAUGGUUAAGGUGAUAUAUGGGAAACCUAUGCUUCCAGACCUGGCAAGAGUGCUGGCAUGCCUAAAUGAAAAGGAAAUUAAGUUUGAACUUGAGGACAUGAACAAAGGCAUGAGAAUGUCCCAAGAUAUCCUCAAUCUACAGCUAUCAUCCCACGGGAGUACCCCAGUGCUUAUUGAUGGCCCCGACGAGCUCUUUGGGUCCAGGAAAAUAUGCAGGCAUGUUGUGGAGAAGUACAAGGCAUAUGGUUACCCGUAUCUCCUAGGAAAAGAUCCAUUGGCGAAGGUAUCUGUUGAGCAAUGGAUUAAGUCAGAGGAGCAUAGGUUCAACCCACCAAGCUCCGCUCUAGUUUUCUACCUGGCAUAUAAUAUGGAGGCAGAUGUAGAGAAGACAACCCAGAGUGAAAAGAAAUUGGAGAAGGUACUCAACUUGUAUGAAAAAAGACUGGGAGAAUCAGACUUCCUUGCAGCCAAUUACUUCACAUUAGCAGACCUGUACCAUCUCCCCAACACAUACUACCUUCAGAGUUCUGUUGAGUAUGGUCACCUCUUCAAGGAUAGGAAGAAUGUUAACCGAUGGUGGAAGAGUAUCUCUGAGCGCAAGUCAUGGAAGGAGGUAGUCAAAAAGUUUGAAGAGGAAGGCCUCCAGUUUUAUGUUCCGGUGACCAACAGUGAAAUAGAUAAGUCAUUGUCUUCUACACGUAAAAAUGGCAUAAAAUUUGGACCUUUCGGAAGUUCAGAAAUAGGCAGAAAGAUGGAGGGAGUUAAACCAGCUACUGAAGACAGAAAAGAGACACCAGAACCGACUGACAAAGAUAAAUUUUCAUCAACUGAAAAUAGCAAAUCAGGUAUAACUGAUGAAGGAAAAGAAAGGGAUGCAAAUAAGCCGAUUAUUGAUGCCAAUAAAGAGAGAGCAAAACCGGAUGACAAAGAUAAAGCUUUGUUAGGUGACAAAGAUAAAUCAGGCAAGACUGAUGAAACGAAGAAACCUUACGCAAAUAAGCCAGAUGGUGACGAAGAAACCCACAAACAUGAUGACAAAGAUAAAACUUCGUCGGAUGACAAUAGAAAAAUGGGUGUAACUGAUAAAAGAAAAGAAAGUGAUGCAACUAAGCCAGCUAGUGAAGAGAACAAAGAGGCACAGAAAUUGGGUGACAAAGACAAAGCUUCAUCAGGUGACAAAGACAAACCAGUUAAGAUUGAUAACAUCAAAGACCGUGAAGCAGAUAAGAAAGAUUCAGAAGGUGAGAAAAUUGAAGUAAACAAAGAACUUAAGACAAAUGAUGCUAGUAUUGAAGGCAAAAAGGAUGGAUUUAAAUCUGGUGACAAAGAUAAAUAUUCAACAGGAAACGAAAAAGAACGGGAUGUGACUAAGGAAAAUGAUAAUCGAGGCGCAAUUGAUUCAAAUAACCAAGUUAAGAAAGGUUCAGCGCCAGAUGAUGGGAAAGAUAAAACUUCAGACAACAACAAAAUUCCCAGUUCCAAGGAUGAAAAGGAAAAAGCCAAUUAGUGACUGCUUGAUGGUUACAACCAAACAAAACGUAAUGUUGUUUCUUCAUCGCAAGACUAAACUAAGUGAAAACUUUGUACCCGAUCUCAAAGCCUCAUGAGAAGCACCACUCAGUAACCUAGCUUAUUUUAAGAAAAUUUUAAAGGAUUCUCUGAAAAAAAAAAUAUCUCUUUUUCAUUUCUGUUAUCCUUAUCCUGUUUCCCUUAAAUCCUACCUUGAAAAUUAUGAUUUGUUGGUUUUUCUAUGCUGUAUGUGACAUUUUGCAUAAUCAAUUUUCUACUAUGAAUGUAAUUCCUGCACAACUGUUUAUUCUUCUA